GGGAGCGGGGAGGACGCGGCCCCGGCUGAGCGGUCUGCAGCCCCGCUUUCUCUGCCUUGCAGGUCAGCACUGGACAUAUGAGGGUGAGAGCAGAGCCCAAAGCCCACCGUCAUCCCUUUCACACUGGGACCUCUUCACCUGCCAGGAAGACUUAUGUCGAGCCCACAUGGUCAAGACCAUUGGCCAGCCUCUUACCCUGAGUGUGGAAGCAAUGCCCAGUCCCCCAUCAAUAUCCAGACAGACAGUGUGACUUUUGACCCUGAGCUGCCCACUCUGCAGCCCCAUGGAUAUGACCAGCCUGGCACUGAGCCCUUGGACCUGCACAAUAAUGGCCACACAGUGCAACUCUCUCUACCCCCUACCAUGUAUCUGGAGGGAUUUCCCCAAAAAUAUGUAGCUGCCCAGCUCCACCUGCACUGGGGUGAGACAGGAUCCCUGGGGGGAUCAGAGCACCAGAUCAACAGUGAAGCCACAGCUGCAGAGCUCCACAUUGUACAUUAUGAUUCAGAUUCCUAUGGCAGCUUGAGUGAGGCCGCUCCAAUGCCUCAGGGCCUGGCUGUCUUGGGCAUUCUCAUUGAGGCUAGUCAGCAACCCACUGUGACCAUUUGUUCUGUAUGUGAACGUCUUACUCCAAAUGUGGACCUAUUCCAAACUCUCCCUUUCCAGGUGGGUGAGACUAAGAAUCCAGCUUAUGAACACAUUCUGAGUCACUUGCAUGAAAUUAGGAAUAAAGAUCAGAAGACCUCAGUGCCUCCCUUCAACGUGGGAGAGCUGCUCCCCCAGCGGCUGGACCAGUUCUUCCGCUACAACGGCUCACUCACCACCCCACCCUGCUACCAGAGUGUGCUCUGGACAGUAUUCAACCGAAAGGCUCAGAUUUCCAUGGGACAGCUGGAAGAGCUUCAGGAGACAUUGUUCUCCACAGAAGAGGAGCCCUCGAGGCCCCUGGUACGGAACUACCGAGCCCCCCAGCCUCUCAAUCAGCGGACAGUCUUUACUUCUUUCAUCCAAGUGGGAUCCGUGUAUACCACAGGCGAAAUGCUGAGUCUAGGAGUGGGAAUCUUGGUCUGCUGUCUCUGCCUUCUGCUGGCUGUUUAUUUCAUCGCUAGAAAGAUUCGGAAGAAGAGGCUAGGAAACCGGAAAAGCGUGGUCUUCACCUCAGCACGAGCCACAGAGGCAUAGACUCCUUCUUGGACAUCAUGGAUGCCUUCCCCUCAUGCCAAUCAGGGAGCUUCUAAAAUGAGGGGCAGGGACUGGCCAGAAAAUACUGUAGAAGUAGUGGGCAGACACCCCUCCUUCCUCCAGACAGCCCCUCCCGAGAGGCAUGGACAGGCUCUCAUUCAAGGAGUAACAGCAGAGCCCACGGCCUCUCAAAUCAUAUAGAUCAGGACCAUCCCCACAUUGACAACGCAAAGGGCAAAUUGUGUUUAUUAGCAGGGGAAGUUGGGGAUGCGCCCCAAAGUCCUCUAUCCCCUUGCCUUUAUGUCCCUUUCCCUACAUGUCGUGCAGAUUCUCCCCUUAGGAAAAAGAGUUGCUGCUGUUGGGGUUAUAUUUUUUUGCUCAAUAUAUCUGGAAAUUAAAGUUUCUAACCCCACCCCUGGCCUUACCUUUGGGGCUCUUGAGAGGAGUUCCUUAAUCCCUCAGGUGGCAGAGGUGUGCAAAGGACAGGGGAAAAGAAGCAGGGGUGAAAAACUCUUUUUACCCCAGUCCUGCGAAGGGAGGUCCACUUCUGGAAAAUGCUUAACCCAAAGUUUCUGACAUAUGAGACCACCAGCCCAGGUUU